GGGAAACAGGAAAAAUCUGAUCACGGUUUACAAGGAAAAGAUGUGUAAAUAUUUGUUGCAAGAUUCAUUCAGAAAUUGCAAGCCCCUACAAAGCCGCCUGAAUUUGGCGGAUAAGGAAUGAAAUCUUUAAAUGGGAAUGGGCUGGAGAAAGGAAGUGUACCGAAAGAAAAAUAAACCACUAACAUUGAAACUUGGCCUAUGUAGACAGCUCUGCUCAGUGCCCGCCCUCGUUCAAUUCCAUAGCACGCUGCCAGCGAUAUUGAGCAUCUGGAUUGGCCACAUUGAAUGUCGAUCAACAACUCCUCAGCCGUGUGGAUAUGACAGUUCCUUGCAAAUUUGAAACUUUUUUCUCUCUCUCUGCUGGAGUCAAGUUUCCAACUCGGCUAACAAGGGGGUUCAGUUUCUGAGUACCGCCGGUUCUCGGCUGUUUAUUUGGCGAAUGAUUCACCCUCCGAAACCUGGAGCCUGCUACGAAUUUACAGCCUUUCAAUCUUGAUCCGUGGAAACGAAAAAGGGCUUCUUUUUGUCUCUAAUCCACCCCCUCUCUGUUUGCAAAAAAAAAGUUGUGAGGAGUUCGCGGGGAGCCGGAUCAAAGUUCGCGGUUUAAGGAAAACAGACAGAGUUGAAAAAUUGCUAACCUCAACUGGCGUGGGAAUUGAAUCCAUCCUGUUGUCAACACUCUGCAUUACCAACCAGUCAUCCAGCCAACUGAGCUAAGCAAACCCCAGCUCCAGCGUACAAGUCACUGGUGAGAUCACACUUUGAAGACAAUGGAUGUCUUCAAUACCAAAAGCCUGGCCAUGCAGGCACAGAAGAAACUCCUGGGCAAGAUGGCAUCCAAAAGCAUGGUCAACAUCUUCAUCGACGACACGAGCAGUGAGGUCCUAGAUGAACUUUACUAUGUGACCAAGGAAUACACGCGAAACAAAAAGGAAGCCCAGAAGGUCAUCAAAAACCUCAUAAAGGUGGUGGUUAAACUCGGAGUUCUCUACAGGAACAACCAGUUCAAUGCAGAUGAGCUGGUGUUGGUGGACAAGUUCCGCAAGAAGGUCCAUCAGUUGGCUAUGACAGCCGUCAGCUUCCACCAAAUUGACUUCACGUUCGACAGGCGUGUUCUUGCGAACAUCCUGAAUGAAUGCAGGGAGUUGCUGCACCAGGCCAUCAAACGGCACCUAACAUCCAAGUCCCACGGGCGCAUUGACCACAUCUUUAACCAUUUUGCGGACUGUGAAUUCCUGGCGACACUGUACGGCCCCACAGAGCCCUACCGCGCACAUGUGCAGAAGCUUUGUGAAGGGGUCAACAAAAUGCUGGAAGAUGGCAACAUUUGACUGGGGCAUUUGUGAGAAUGACUGACUGUGUGGGUGCACUGUGAGGUGGAGGGAUUUUUUUGAAAACAAAAAUGCGCGGCAAAAAACGUUUGUUUUGAUGAGAUUCCUUUUUUCAUACUGAUGGCAAAGUACCCUAACCACAACUUGAUGCUGAAGUAUCUUUCUACAGGGAUCCAUUUAAUAAUUAGGGCAUUGAACUGUAGUCUACCCAAUUCCUAAGCCUGAUCGCACAUUAUUAUACACUCAGGCUCUGCAAGAAACACAGAGGUCUUCCUUAAAUGGGUACUUUUAAAGCCAAGCCCUUUGCCCAAGCAAUUGGAAAUAAGUGUGGCCUUGUGAGGGAAGUAGCUUUUGCAUUGCACUGGACAUAUCAUUUUCUGUCCAACUGAUGGAUGGAUAAUUUACAGCAGCUGUGUUGACCCAAAUAGUUUUGUUUCAAAUACAAUCAAAUCCAUCAAUCCCUAUUCUUAGACAAACCAGCUGUUGUUGGCCACAAAAUGAGUAAGUAAGAUCAGAUGUAUCUUGCUUGUCCUGGGCAGGUAGAGUACAAGAAGGUUAGUGAGUGGGCAUUCAGUCAGGUUUCCAGAUUGGCUAUUCAAUAAACCUGGCUCAAAACUCUGUGAAGGUGAGAUUCAAUUUGACUGUCCUGUUCCUUCAACCAAACCGCCUAGCCACUUCCCUUACCUGGGCUCAGGUGCAUGAUUGAGAUACACGGUGGGGUGUGAUUCCCUUCAGCAAGUUUCAGUGCCUUUGAGGGAGGAAAGGAUAAAAAUCAGGAUGGACAUGGCCAAGGAAGAGUGCAAGCCAAGUCAGUCAAGCACUUCCAGCCACCAGAAUGGUCUUACAAUUACAAACCCCAGCCUCAGGCAUAUUAAAAACACCAACUCUGAGUAAGACUAUGGUUUUAGCCUGAAGCCAUUAAUUUAAUCCAAUGUUAAGUGGGCUUACUGUUUCUGUUCCAGACUUGUACAGUUGACCUUCUACCACCAGUGUCAGGCGAUUACUGUAUAUACCGUGUAUAUUUGAAAUGGAACGAUGCCAGCUAUGAUGCAUGUGAUCUUUUCUUUAGGCUUUGAGACCUGUUUGUGACUGAUUGCCCAUCAGCUUUCUGUACUUGGACCCAUUUUGAAUCAUUGAAUUUUUUUUGGGGGUGGGGAAAGGACACUGUAUUGGUUUUCAAACCUGUUCUAAUGUGAAAUGACUUAAAUGCUGUGGUUCUAAUCUAUAUUUCUAUCACUUCUCUGUUUUACUUAUUUGUAUUAAGUUCACAAACAAAAAAAAGGUCAAAUUUCCUUCAACUCUCCUCUCUUAUUCAGCUACUAACUCUCACUUCCCUAACAGUACUGUUGCUAAAUCUAUGUUCAUGUUUACUGAGCCACAUAGUGUUUGUAGAGUUAAUCGAACACCUAACUAGCAUCAGAAGUAUUUCAACUGCCUUGAGAGAGGGAUAAAUAUCAACCAGUACCACCAGCUGUGGCCCAUCUGAGAAAGUGAGUGUAGGUAUUGACCAGGACAAGUUUGAGCUGAGCACUGAUGGCCACAGGAUUUGAUUAUUGUGGCAACGCUUGCUAUCUGGGCACAUUACAAAAAGACCAUUUCAGCAUCAGGGUUGUACUAAGCCACAUCAGUUUUAUUUUGUUUCAAAAGUAUAUUUUAUUCAUUAAAUUAGUAGAUGUGUUUUACAGUACAAUGCAAAUGUGAGAAUUCUCAAUGAAAUACUAAGUUAAACAUGGUAUGCAGUACAUUACAACUCCUCAAUCAGCUUACAGUGCAGAUUGCAAUUACAUUGCAUUAAACAUUCUCUGGUUCACAUUGCCCAAGGACUUUUGCACUGCUUCCAGCCUCUCAGUAUACAAUAGCAGUCAGACUCUGUUUACAACUAUUGUAAAGACUGGAUGUGUCAAGGUUCAGUGCUUUGCUCAGGAGGGAGUCCUGGACCUGGGGCUGUGCUGGUCUGCAACACACCGUCUUGAGCAGCUCCUGCCACUGGAAGCAAUCGCAAAACAAGUCUUUAAUGGAGUUGAUGGGCUUUGAGUAAUAACUGAUGUUUGUCUUGACUUGCAUCCCUGGGAACUGUCCUGCAUUACAAAGCUGUUCGGGAUGAAGUUUGCCAAAAAAUCAUCUUUUUCCAAUUGCUUUUUGGGAAGUGUGCAAAUCAUAAGGUGGGGUGUAACAGUCUCCUCUUCAGCUGUCUCCAGGGCAACAUACCGUGUUUCUAACACUUCAAGUCAUAGAGUCAUAAAGUCAUACAGCACGGAAACAGACCCAAACUAAACUCGUCCCACCUGCCUGCUCCAGACGCAUAUCUCUCAAACCUUUCCUAUUCAUGUAUCUAUCCAAAUAUUUUUUAGUGUUGUAAUUAUACCUGCACCCACCACUUCCUCAGGAGGUUCAUUCCAUGCAUGAAUCACUCUCUGUGUAAAGAAAAUCCCCCAUGUCUUUUUGAAAUCUCUGUCCUCUCGCCUUAAAAAUGUGUCCCCUAGUCGUGAAAUCCCCCAUCCUAAGGAAAAGACAACUACCAUUAACUCUAUACCCCUCAUUAUUUUAUAAACUACUACAAGGUUGCUUCUCAACUUCCUAUGCUCCAGUAAAACAGUUCCAACCUAUCCAGCUUUUGUUUCUAACUCAAGCUUUCCAUACCCAGCAACAUCCUGGUAAAUCUCUUCUAAAACCCCUCCAGCUUCCUACUAUCCAUCCUACAGCUGGAUGACCAGAAGAGGCCUCACCAAAGUUCUGAACAGCCUCGAAUGACUUUCUAACUCCCAUACUCCAAGCACUGAACAAUUGUGACUGAAGCAUGUGAGAGGGAGGUCCCUCUCACUACCAGCUAGAAACAUUGUGCUGCUUGUAGAAAAUUUGGAGAGAUGAGGCAUUCUGCCCAGGGAACGAUCAGGAACAAUCAGAAAAAAUUGCUUUGUCCCCAAGAGCAUUAAAUAUAUUGAAUGUGCAUUGCGUUGUGAUCAAAGUUGUUUUUAGCACAAUUGUUUCUAGAAAUGCAAUGCCUUAUCUAAAUCCUACAGCAAUGUGUCCAGAACCAACUUUCACUACAUUGAGCUCAGACAGGACUCAGAACACAAUGCCACGUUGGUGCUUACAUAGCAGGGAUCUACACAGAGUUUGACACAGCCACACACAAAGAUGGUCAUCGCGUUGAGGGCAAUGUGUUGUAUAUUUAUCAGCUUUCACUUGAUGGUUUUAUAUAUUGUGUCUGUGUGAAUUUUCGACUUCCCGAUCAAGUGAAAACAGAGGCACCGAGAGCAGCUUGAAGACUAGCUUCUUCCUCGCAGGGAGACAGGAGCAUCACUGUCUCAGUCCCAGUAUUCAUUUGAGCUACAAACUCCUAGAUACUGAUCUCCUCCCCAGUCCCCCUGAUUCAUAUUCACAGCACCUUCAGGUAUUCUGAGCUGAAGGUGAAGGUGACAAAAGAAUCUGUCAGCUCAUUUGCACAUUACUGUGCUCUGAUCUGGAUGAGCUGACAGUGAAUCUGAGCAAAUCACAAUGAUAUGGUCCAUGCACAGGGAGAUACUGACUUGAACCCUUCUGCCUAGGAUCAUCACAUCUCUUACACACACAUCCUAUUUGGUUGACUCAGCAAAAGUGUCGAUACAAACCAAGCACAAGACAGGAAGAGAGUAAAUCCUUAUCUAACUCCAGAUUUAAUUGGAAAACCUUUAGUUCCGACCUGUUGAUUAAAACUGAUGCCUCUGUAGUAAUCCAGUUGUGGAUCCCUUCCUAAAUCCAUUGCAGAGAGAAUGUGCAUUGUAACAUUCUGUGAAAGGCCAUCUUGUCCAAGGUGAUAAGGCAGGUUUUCACUCUCUCUGCACCUUCCCAACAGCUGGAACAUCCUCUGUUACCCUGGUGCACAUGGAUAGUACAGUCUGCCUGUAGAGUACAUAAGAUACCACUUUUCACUGUAUCUCUGUACACUUGACAAUAAUAAAUCAAAUCAAAUCCUU